AGCAGGUCGAUGAUGAGGAGCGGCGACACGUCGUGACGGACGUUACUUUCGCGCCGUAUUCUAGUCUUCUAGAGAUAUCCAUCCAGUUCUCGCUAUAUCUUUUUCUCCCCAAGAAAAAAAAGGCGGCGAGAGCAUAAGAAAAAAACACACACACACACACACACAAAGCGCACUUUUCAAAUCGACAAAGGGGAAAGGUUCGCUUCUUCUCGCAUCUUGCUUUACUUCGAGUGCCAUGGCCGAUCCGGCGGAGGAGAACGUUGUCUCGCCGCCACCGACCCCUGCGGCCCCAGCCGUGGGCGCCUCAGACUCGCCCCUGCAGCCUGUUGCUGACGGCGCCUCAACGGAGAAGGUGUCUGCCCCGGCGCCGGAGGUAAGGUCCCGGGGAUUCAGGCUUCUUGGAGAGGACACUUCCGUGCACAAAUCCCUUGGGGGCGGUAAAACUGCUGACGUUCUGUUAUGGAAAGACAAGAAAACUUCUGCUGUUGUAAUAGGCGGCGCAACUGUCAUCUGGGUUCUGUUCGAAGUGCUUGAUUACCACCUCCUGACCCUGAUAUCCCAUGUACUGAUUGGUGUGCUUGCCACCUUAUUCCUGUGGUCCAAAGCAACCACGUUCAUCAAGAAGAGUCCACCGGAUAUUCCAGUAGUGCAGGUAUCUGAGGACCUUGUUGUGAAUGUUUCACGGGCAUUACGGAAUGACAUCAACAGAGCGCUUCACUUGUUCCGUGAGAUCGCAAUGGGGCAUGAUCUGAAGAAGUUUUUGGGUGUGAUCGUGGGUCUGUGGGUUCUCUCCGGAGUUGGAAGCAGCUGUGACUUCCUCACGUUGACAUACAUUGCCGUCCUGAUGCUCCACACGGUGCCAAUCUUGUACGACAAGUACCAGGACAAGGUGGACCAUGUCGCUGGAAGGGCACACACCGAGGCCCUCAAGCAGUACAAGGUGCUGGAUGCCAAGGUCCUGAGCAAAAUCCCCAGGGGUGCGGUCAAAUCCAAAAAGCAGAACUAGUUAGGAUAAGCCGCAGAUUGUGAAUGCCCGUAUCAUGAGUAUCGGGCUUGUGGUUUGCAUGGCAUAUGUAAAUCUGUCUGUUGGCUUCAGCUUGGUUCUUCUGCGACUACUUUGUUGAUGUUAUUAUAGUCCUAUGUAUGUACUGUGUACAUGACAGAUGUUCGGACGUCUCGGCUACUGCUGUAGCUUGUAAAUUCCAGUGGUGCGUUGCU